UUAUAACAAUAUUUUGCUGAUCUUUGUACAAUGGUGAGACGUUGUGAGGUGUGUAAGAGACAAUUUGAUCCAAGUUAUCAGAACACGUCAUUUCACAGGUUUCCUCAAAAUGCAGAAUUGAUGAAAAUAUGGGAGAAAAACAUUGGAAAAGAAAACGUUUCCAACGAAGCUAGGAUAUGUUCGGAUCAUUUUCAUAUCAGUGACAUAAUGUUCAGUCCAGGUUGAAAGAGAUUAUCGAAAAGAUGAGCUAUACCUGUUUUUCACCAUAAGAAGGAGAGGGUCAUUCUUGAAGGAAGCAUUGAAGAAAGCAGAAUAUGUACAUCACAACAGAAUGAAGGAGCAACACAAUGA